GUGAGGUGUACGCACCUCGAUUUGCCAUGCCUGCAAUGCCUGCCAUGUCCGCCGUCUCGCUUGCCCUGGCCGGGCUUCUGGCCCUUGGGCCAAAGGUUAAUGCCGCACCCGCCGGCAAGUCCUGCGGUGGACUGCAGCCGAUCACCAGCGUCCAGCUCGGCCCGCGGCCCUACUUCCUGGUCAACGACAUGGAUCCCGGUCCGCUGAAGAACAAGCUGGCGUCCUGCUCGGAGCUGGAGAUGAAGCCCACCGCCUUCAGCAUUGGCCACCGCGGCGGCGGCACCAUGCUCAUCCCGGAGGAGACGCUGGAAUCGCAGCUUGCCGGAGCCCGGAUGGGCGCCGGUAUCCUCGAGUGUGACGUGGCCUUCACGUCUGACAGGGAGCUUGUGUGCCGGCACGACAUCUGUGAUCUCCACACCACGACGAACAUCGUCACCAUCCCGGAGCUGAACGCCAAGUGCACCAAACCCUUCAAGCCCGCAGAUCCCAAGGCCGGCACCAAGGCCAGCGCGACUUGCUGCACCAGUGACAUCACCGUGGCCGAGUUCAAGUCCCUCUGCAGCAAGAUGGACGGCUACAACCCAAGCGCCACCACGCCGCAGGACUUCCUACACGGCACCCCUGCGUACCGCACCGACCUGUACGCCACCUGCGGCAAGGUGAUGACGCACAAGGAGUGGAUCAAGCUCGUCGACUCCCUGGGCCUGAAAUUCACGCCCGAGCUGAAGACCGCGCCCUUCGCCAUGCCCUUUGACGGCGACUACACGCAGGAGAAGUACGCCCAGCAGUUCGUCGACGAGUACCGGGAGGCGGGCAUCGACUUUAGCCGCGUCUGGCCGCAGAGUUUCCUGUACGACGACGUCCUGUACUGGCUCGAGCACGAGCCCGAGUUUGCCAAGCAGGCCGUCCUGCUCGACGAGAGCGGCGACACCCCUGCGACCUUUGAGAAGGCCGUUGCGAACCUGAGCGGCUACCGGGCCGCCGGCGUGAACAUCAUGGCUCCGCCGCUGUACUACCUUGUCGCGCUGGAUGAGGCUGGCAAGAUUGUGCCUUCCAAGUAUACCAUUGAGGCAAAGAGGCUGGGUUUCAAGCUUAUUACGUGGUCGCUGGAGCGGUCUGGCUUCCUUGGCGACGGGUCCAAGGGUGGAUUCUACUUCACCUCCAUCGCCAAUGUUACGAACAACGAUGGUGAUGUGUAUAACCUGGUCCACGCCUUGGCACAGGACGUUGGUGUGCUUGGAAUCUUCUCGGAUUGGUCGGCUACUGUGACCUACUAUGCCAACUGCUUCGGUCUCUUCCCGUAGAGAGGGAUAAGGGUGCAUGGCAUGGCUUGUCGUUGUGGUUGACUGGAGGAUGUGUUUGCUCGGGUUGAACUUCAUUUCUAAACUAGAGAAGCAUGUUUGUUAGACAUUGAGACAACGUCCAUAAGCUACAUAAAUUAUCCGUCAAACAGGUAAUACUCAUGAAGCAUAC